CAAGUCGAUGGUGCUGGACGUGUACAGCGAUUACGUGAACAACUUCACCACGGCCAUGUCCCUCAUCAAGAAGGCCUGCCUCACCAAGCCCGCCUUCCUCGAGUUCCUCAAGAAGCGGCAGAUGGCCAGCGCUGACCGGGUCACGCUCUAUGGGCUGAUGGUGAAGCCCAUCCAGAGGUUCCCACAGUUCAUCCUGCUGCUGCAGGACAUGCUGAAAAACACCCCCAAGGGCCACGCGGACCGGCUGUCGCUGCAGCUGGCCCUCACCGAGCUGGAGACGUUGGCGGAGAAGCUCAACGAGCAGAAGCGCCUGGCCGACCAGGUGGCCGAAAUCCAGCAGCUCGGCAAGAGCAUCAGCGACCGCAGCAGCCCCAACAAGUGGGUGAAAGCCGCCCCGAGGGUUUUCCGAGCCGGGCAGAGAAAAUCCUCCCUGGCUUUAGGAGUUUGCGCCCAGCAAAUGUCCUCUGAGCAGCAGUGCUGGGAAGGGACGGUGCCUCUUCUGCGAGCUCGGUGCUCCCCAGGCAAGGGAUUUCGGGAGGCCUCGCUGCCAUCCCGCCUCUUCCCGGCAGACGGCGAGAGCGAACCGGAGCGCGUGCUGCGGAAAUUCCCCUUCAAGGCGCUGACGGUGGGGGAAAAAACCCCGGGGUGAAGGGAAAGAAGGGAAGGGCCGGGGUUUUUUUUUCCCCUUGGUUACGGGCUGCUGUUGCCUCCUCCCUUCUGUCCAUCUGCCUGAUGUUUUUUUGCAAGCGCUGUCAGAAAAAAAAGCAAACCCCCCCGCCCCUGCUUGAAGCUGUUGCAAAACAUCCUGUGCAGCAGGGGAGACGGGCUGUGCCGCGGCAGCCUCUUCCG